CCCCGAAGGACUGUCGGUGUGUUGCUGUUAGCUCGCUAGCUUGUUUCCACACAACGCGUUAGCUCCGGAGAGACUCACCUUCCUCUAUUAGCUCCUCUUCUUCAGAUAUCCUGAGCAGAGAGGCGAAGGCACUGCGUCCUCCGGUUAAAAGGAGCAAUUUCAUGGCUUAACGUUGCUGAAGUGUCAACAAUCCAGCACAGGGCGGGUUAGUGGAUCGGCUAACGUCCGCUAGCUGUCGGUGGUACCUCGCUGGAGGCUGAUUGGAGAGCUGAGGCCAGCAUUAGGGAGACGACUUCUCGUCCAUACGUCAUCCAGAUGAGGCAUGCUGGAAGUAUGCAGCCCACGUAUAGAAGAGAUGCUGGAGUCUGGCACCAAACAAGAAGUCUACUCUACAAGAAUCUGCUCAUCAAAUGGAGGACCAAGCAACAGAGUCUUCAGGAAUUGAUCCUACCUCUGCUACUGUUGGGUCUCCUGAUACUCAUCAGCACCCUCAAUCCUCAUGUUUAUUAUGGAGGCAUCAGCACUGCCGAGCUGGAGCGUGACGACCACUUCCUCAAGGGUCUGGGAUACACGCCAAUCACCAACAUCACUAAUCACAUCAUGGAAGAGGUGGCCCAGGAGAUGCACCUACAGGAUCGUCUGGAGAUGUUUGCUAGUGAGGAAGACCUGGAGAACGCAAGCCUGUAUGAGCCCUCCAGCUAUGUCGGUGUUGUGUUCUUGGACAGCUCUGCCACGUCUUACAGACUACGCUUCCCAUACAACCAGCUGCCACUACCCAGCGAUUACACAGAAUCUUUUGCCAACUGUUUUACCAGCUCGGUGAACUGCAGAGCAGCUAAUUACUGGUACUCCGGCUUCAUCCGUCUCCAGUCUAUGAUCGAUGCAGCCAUCAUCCAGAUGCAAACAAAGCGUUCAGUGUGGAGUGAGAUGGACCUGAAGGUAGUAAUGAUGGGUCAGCAGGGCUCUGUGGAAGUUCAGAAAUUCCCCCACGCUCUCAUCUCCAUCUACCUGGUCCUGGCCUUCACGCCCUUCGUCACCUUCCUCAUUGUCAACGUGGCAGCUGAGAAGGAACAUCGCCUCAAAGACACCAUGACCAUGAUGGGGCUCUACGACACUGCUUUUUGGUUGUCAUGGGGCCUCCUGUAUGCUGCUCUGGUGACCACCAUGUCCAUCCUGAUGUCCGUUAUCGCUACCUACACAGCUCUGUUCCCUAACAGUGACUUCUUUGUCAUCUUCUUGCUCAUCUUCCUCUAUGGCAUAUCCUCAAUCUUUUUCUCCUUCAUGCUGACUCCGUUAUUUAAGAAGCCCAAGUUUGCCAGCACAGUGGGCUCCAUGCUGACGGUGGUGUUUGGUUGCCUGUCACUGUUCACUGUGCUGAUGAAGGACUUCCCACAGCCACUGGUCUGGCUUCUCUGCCUUCUCUCUCCCAGCGCCUUCUCGAUUGGGAUUGCACAGGUGGUUUACCUGGAGGCCCAGGGAGAUGGUGCUGUGUUUUCCUCCCUCACCAACGGCCCCCAUCCUCUUUACGUGCCCCUGCUCAUGCUGGUUGUGGACUGUAUCCUCUACCUUUUGUUGGCUAUCUACCUGGACCAGGUACUGCCUGGUGAGUUUGGAAUGAGGAGGUCCCUGGUAUACUUCCUGAAGCCGUCCUAUUGGUCCAAACGCAGGAAGCGCUAUGUUGAAGUGAGCUCAGUAUAUGACACAGAGGUGAAAGGCACACCUGGCGUGGACGAGUCUGUUGAGCCUGUUUCACCGGAGUUCAGAGGGAAAGAAGCCAUCCGCAUCAAUAACAUCCAGAAAGUGUACAGAGAGAAGGACAAUGUGGUGGAGGCUCUGAGAGGUUUGACGUUUGACAUCUAUGAGGGCCAGAUCACGGCUCUGCUGGGACACAGCGGGGCAGGCAAGUCAACUCUCAUGAACAUCCUGUGUGGCAUCUGCCCGCCCACUAACGGCUCGGCUACUAUCUACGGCUCCCCUGUAGCAGAGAUUGCAGAUGCGUCAGAAAUGAAGCAGCUGGUGGGAAUUUGCCCCCAGUUCAACAUCAUCUUUGACGUGCUCACUGUGGAAGAGCACCUGAGGAUAUUUGCUGCCAUUAAAGGGAUCCCACCGGGGGACAUCGAUGCUGAGGUUACCAAAGUGCUGAAGGAUCUGGACUUGGAGAAGAUCAUGACUGCUCAGGCCAAGAAUCUGAGUGGAGGCCAAAAGAGGAAACUCUCUGUUGGCAUUGCCAUUCUUGGAGAUCCUAAGAUCCUGCUCUUGGACGAGCCCACAGCAGGCAUGGACCCCUGCUCCAGACACCAGGUCUGGUCGCUGCUGAAGAGCCGCAGAGCUGGCAGAGUCACUGUCCUCAGCACACACUACAUGGACGAGGCUGACAUUCUUGCUGACCGUAAAGCUGUAAUCUCUCAAGGACAGCUGAAAUGUGUUGGCUCUUCUCUGUAUCUCAAGAUCAAGUGUGGUGUUGGAUAUCAUCUCAGAAUGUCUAUCAACGAGAGAUGUGAAGCUGAAAAGAUCACAUUAGUGGUCAAGCAGCAUGUUCCCAAGGCAAAGUUGUCCCGACAACAUGAGGCAGAGUUAACAUUCACUCUGCCUUUUGAGAGCAUGGACACAUUCCCAGGCUUGUUCUCUGAGCUCGACGGUCAACCCAAUCUGGGAAUUAUCAAUUAUGGGGUUUCCAUGACUACACUGGAGGAUGUUUUUCUUCGUUUGGAGGCAGAGGCUGAAGUGGACCAAGCUGACUACAGUGUGUUUAAUCGGGAGCAGAAAGAGGAUGACAGUGACAACGUCUCUCUGGACGAUACAGACCAGCGGCUGCUGACAUUCUCGGACAGCAAGUCAGAUGUGGUGUCGGGUCACGCUCUGUGGCGGCAGCAGUUCAGCACCGUGGCCUGGCUGCACAUGCUCAACAUGCGCAGAGAGAGGAAGGCCUUUGUUUACACUUUGGCCCUGUUCCUGGUGUUUGUUGCUGCAGUGCUUGUCCUAUCUCUGGCCACAGGAAACAUCCAGAUUCACUCCCCAGACCGUCAGUUUCUGCCCAUUUACCUCCUCAAAAGGAACCAGGCGCCCCGGAGAUACACUACCAGCCUCCUGAUUCAAAACUCCUCAGGCUCUGAUAUUUCUGACUUCGUCCACAACCUGGAGUCUCAGAACAUCAAAGUGGAAAUGAUGAAACACAGCGACUACAUGGCCGCAGCUCCCCACAGCGCUGCCAUCAACGUAACAGGAUCCAGCAAGGGUUUCAGAUACAGCAUUGCAUUCAACAGCACCACAGUUCACUCUUUGCCUAUGGCUGUCAAUGUACUAAGCAAUGCUCUUCUUAGAGGUCUUAAUGGUACUGGACAGAUCCGAACCUGGACCAAACCGUUUGAUUACCAAAUCCCAGAUGCUACAUCCUAUGCUCUGGUGUACAUAGAGGCCAUCAUACUGGGAAUGCUGGCAGCUGGAAUGCCUGCGUAUUUUGCCAUGGACCACACUCGAGAUCGAGAGAUCAAGUGUCGCUCUACUCUGCGUAUCUCUGGUCUGGUUCCAUCAGCCUACUGGUGCGGUCAGGCAGCUGUGGACAUUCCCUUCUACUACCUCAUCCUGUCCUGCAUGACCAUCAUCCUCUUCUCCUUUCACACUGGAAACCUGCUCACCUCCAGCAACCUCACCGCUGUGGUCCUGUGUACCGUUGGCUUUGGUCCAGCCAUGAUCCUCUUCACUUACGUGUUUUCUUUUGGCUUUGCCCGAGUCCAGAGCAACAGGGAUUUCUUCUCUGUCAUCUCCAUGAUGGUGUGUGUUGUGUCAGCCUCGCUGGUUCAGUUGUCAGAAAACCCCGGACUGACCAGAAACCUGCACAACGCCUUGUGUUUCUUCAACCCUCUGUACCCACUCAUGGGCUGCCUCAACUGCAUCACCAAGGCGACCUUCCUCCCCUCUCAGUAUGAAGAGAACUUCUUGUGGAAAAAUCUGCUCAUUGCGGUUGUAGCUCCCUAUCUCCAGUGCAUCCUGCUACUGUUCCUGCUUCGUUGGCUGGAGCUCCAUUACGGAGGGAGGACGAUGAAAAACGAUCAGUUCUGCAGGAUCUCAUCCAAGUCACAGCCCAAAGUGGAGAGGAACCCAGAAGAAGGUCUGAACGAGGAUGAGGAUGUUCAGAUGGAGAAAGCCAGAGUGAAGGAGGCUCUUACCUGCCAGUCCUGUGAGGAGAAACCGGUGGUGGUUGUGAGUAACCUGAGAAAGCAGCACAAGGGCAGAAGAGAAGGUUUUUCUCUGAACAAGACGAGGAAAGUGGCCACAAAAAACAUCUCUUUCUGCGUUCGCAAAGGUGAAGUUCUUGGACUGUUGGGUCCCAACGGAGCAGGAAAGAGCACCAUCAUGCAUAUGUUGUCAGGUGACACAGACCCCACUGCAGGCCAGGUGCUGAUGGGGGACUAUAGUACAGAGUUUCGUCAGGUGGACAACCCGUUGGAACAUGUGGGCUACUGUCCACAGGUGAACCCUCUGUGGCCCAGGAUCACUCUGCAGGAGCACCUGGACAUCUAUGCCGCCAUCAAGGGCCUGAGAGGACAGGAUGUACCAGGUAUCAUCAAACGUGUGGUGAACGCUCUGGAGCUCAAGGAGCACUUGAACAAACAAGCCAAGAACCUGUCAGCAGGACUCAAGAGGAAGUUGUGCUUUGCCUUGAGUAUGAUUGGGAAUCCUCAGAUCGUGUUACUGGAUGAGCCGUCAUCAGGAAUGGACCCCAAGUCUAAACAGCGCAUGUGGAGGGCCAUUCGUGCUGCUUUCCAGAACCAUCAGCGGGGAGCCAUCAUCACCACGCACUACAUGGAGGAGGCGGAGGCCGUGUGUGACCGUGUAGCUAUCAUGGUGUCGGGCCAGCUGAGAUGUAUCGGCUCCAUCCAGCAUUUAAAGGGGAAAUACGGUCGAGGCUACAGUUUGGAGGUAAAACUCAGAGAGGAGCUGACGGGGCUACAGCAGGUGGCGCUGUUGCACAAAGAGAUCCUUCGAAUCUUCCCUCACGCUGCCCGGCAGGAGAGCUUUGCUACUCUGAUGGUUUACAAGAUCCCCAUGGAGGAUGUCAAAUCACUGUCCAAGUCUUUCUCUAAGUUAGAGAGUGCCAAGCAAACCUUCAACUUUGAGGAGUACAACUUCUCCCAGUCGACCUUAGAGCAGGUGUUCAUGGAGUUUGCCAAGGAGCAGGAGAACGAGCAGGACGAUGUCGGCUCCCUCAGCACGACCUUCCAGUGGCAGCGCCUGCGCCAGGACGGCCCGGUGUCCGUCAACCACACAGACAGCAUCGUGCACCAGCUCUGAGCUCCAGCUGAGAGGGAGCCGGCCGGUGACCGACCAGGACCGACCGAUCCCAACCUGCCAGGCUUCGACGCCUUGAGGGCUCACGCCAGCACUCGCCCGCUCCACGCAAAAACCCGCGUACACCGCCCCUUAAAUGAACGGGACAGUCCUGGGUGGGGGGGGCUCACAUACACUAGGACUGACUGUGUGUGUGUUCAGGCUCAGGGCUGUUCACGGCCCCUCUCUCUGGGUCUGAGGCGUGCGUGUGUGUAACCCUCGUCCACUGGUGCUCCGUGUUUUCUGAAUGGCACUGACCGGGCGGCGGUCUUUCUCGACACGCCGCUGCAACACCUACUCCUCUUUCUACCGGUGUUUUUUUAUCUUCACAGGGAGUCAUUGAAAGGAAAACCAAUAUCUAUAUAAAUAAUAUAUAAUAUUUAUGCUUUGUAAUCCAUCCGCUCUCCUUCCAGGGAGGCGUUCCAGUAAACGUGUUUGCUCGUCUCUUCUGAUGUUUUUCGUCUCUUGUGUUUGUGAAACAGUUUUUUAAGCACAACCAGAACUGAGAUCCAUCCACGAUCGUACCAAAGCACAUCUCUGAACCACACACACCUCCUCACACAGCGAAACUGAGACCUACUGUUUGUUUUUGUGUCGGUUGCAUGUGCAGAAAUAGUUUGCAUAAUAGUUCUAGAAGUGACGUGGGGAAGUGGGAGGAGCCAACAACGCUGGAGAGACAGUUCUCCACAGAGUCUUUAGACCUUUACAGCCCCCUACUUUACAAACCAGUCUCUCCUCUUUAUUUGACACCAGCAUGCACAUCUUAACGUCCAGACCUGCAUUUAAACGCCACGUUCUCCAGGAGUGUUUCAGCAUGCACGCUCUCGAGGAGCCGACGGAUGUUGGGAUGAGGUCGUUUUGUUCUUUUUGCCCUGUGGCCUUCCUCUCUGUAGGUUUAGCUUUGAACUAGAACCCAUAGCUUUGGGAAUGUAGUGUAGAAUAUGCACACCAGUACAUGUAGCACACUGCCCUCGUCAGACGUUAGCCGGGGCCCGAUGGCGUUCAGAUCCAGGCGGUGUUUGAGGAAUCUGAGCCCGGUGGAUUUUUGAUAACAGAUAUUGAAUGUACGUUGUGGCCUCCGGUGGGGGGGGGGUCCGCAGUGACCGUGUUUCACUUUGGUGCCACUUUUACUCACACAGCUGUUUUGUUAACCCUAUCUUGUGUGUGUGUGUGUGUGUGUGUGUGUUUACUGUGUUGUAAAUACUGUGUGUAGCCUCAUAAUCUCGUAUUUGUACCAGCGGGUGCGGUGUUGGUUCAAUCCCGAUCAGCAAACCGAUAAAUUGUAAUUUUUUCUCGUCAUUCAGGGCAGAGUGAGUCAGUGGAAUUUAAAGGGACAGUUCACCAGAGUUUUAUUGUGUUAACCGUCCUGAACGGACCUGGAGGGGGAUAUUUGUCUACAACUGAGCCGCUCAACUCACUCGAUCCUUUACAGUUUGAGGCUUUCGGCUGCGGCUCGGUUCAAGGGGGUGGACAAAAUAACAGGAACAGCUGACGGCAGCAACACAAACUGUCCUGGAAACUCAACGAGAUAAUGUUCAGAGGAAGUGUCCGCUGCAGGGGGAUUGUACUGGAUUGAAUCACAGACGGGUGUAACAGAAUAUCUCCUCAUGUUUUAUGGAAGUUUGAGUCAUAGAACAGCCGCUGAGCAGAAGAUGAGUUUUAAAGCUAACCGAAGGUUUUUGAUAUGAAUUCUAGAUACUUAAUGAAUAAGAUGUCUGAGCUCCAUCGUGUGUCUAACUCUCAGAUUCCUGGCACAGAUGCUUUGUGGUGGGAGGAGCUGAUCUGCUGCAGACUUUAUUUACUCUGUCGUCAUUAAAUUAAGUUGAGUAAGAGCUGGUUUAUAACUCUCAGUCAUUAAUAGAAAUAUGUGUGUGUGUGAGGGGGAAGAGGAGUGAAGCCAGCUGACUUUCCAAACAUGAGACCACAUUUCCUAAACUAAAGAUUCAAAUAUGCUAAACUUGAGGAAGAGAGCGAUGCCUUAGGUUCAGUCCAUGCACUAUCCUUUUAAAUGUGAAAACUUUAUUUAAAAGCUAUUAACGUUUAUGUUUUUGCACACAUGUAGCCUCGUUCCCUCUCACAGGGGACAAAAUAAAAGCCUGGCUCUGUUUGACGUGUGGCGAGGAUGGAUGGUUCUUGGGAUGUCGUACACACAUUUUAUAUUUGUUUUCCCAAGGUGCAAUGUCGGGUAUUUGUUCCCAAAAGCAAACAUUCUUUGAAUUUUAUCGUAACAUUCAUGUGUUCUGUGGCAUUUAACCGUCAGUUUCAGUAUCAUGUAGCCACCCAAGUAACAUCGUCUUUGUUCCCCCCCCCGUGUCCUGAACAAAAAGCAUCAUAUCCAGUUCACACAAAGAAAACCAAACUAUUCUCUGGCUCUGUGGAAAGUGGAGCGAUUGGCGUCGAAGGUGGAGCAGGUUUUGUUUUAUUUUCCUGGUGGUGGUAAAAUUGCACUAUUUCUGGGAUAUUUUAUAACCUUUCUUUAUAUUAUGCAAUCUUUGUAAGAUUAUCUGUGCACUGAUUUUAUUUUUUAAAGACUGUGGUUUAGCUGUGUGCUGUAUUUUCCUCCUGUAUCGCCCGCAUGUCUGGAUGGACACUUGUCAUUAAUGAACUCUACGGUCUCUACACGACCUUUUCAUGAAUAAAUGUUAAUCCAAAUUA